AUGGAGGCGCUCAAUAUACCGCCGCCCGUGGCUGAUUGGCUAUUCAAAGUAACGCAACCGUACUACGAUGCCAGGACAACGUUUAGGGACGUGAUGUAUACGUUGAGUGAAUUCCGCAACGUAAGACCUCGCACAAAAGUCUUCACAGACUCCCAGGGUAAAGCUCAGCUGCUGCUUUGUCUGUAUGGACGAUUUCAGAGCGAUCGGGUCUCCGUGCCAGUGCUAAUAUGGAUUCCAAAAGAGUACCCGAUUUUGGCGCCUUACAUAUUCGUGGACUUCGAUGCACUGCAAGACGAAACAAUAAUUCCAGGGGGCAUUGUGAACUCUAGUGGACGGUUCCAAUUGCCCCUACUGGACAGCUGGAGUCCGGACUCUUGCUGUUUGCGAGAUCUGGCCUUUUUGCUCGCGUCGAUGAUCCUCGAAAAUCCGCCUCUUGUCAAUCUAGAGCCAGAGUUUGCACAGAGUCCUCCCUUGCCAGAACGCAUUGGCUUGCCGAAGUUGCCUAAUACCGUAAAUUCAUCAGGUUCAGAGGAGAUUGAUCAAGUUAGCCGAACCAUGGAACACGUCAAACUUGAAGAUGCGGCACCGAUGCUGCCUCCAAAACCACCUUCUGCAGUUCCUUCUUCGGUGCCAUCAGCACUGGACUCCGCAAAUCAGUCUGGCGUGCAAUCCGCCGCGCAAUCUGUAUCUCCUGUCCGGCCACCUCAACCUGCAUUGGAACUUCCAAACAUUAUGGAUCUUGACGCUGGUAGUCAACACAUCUCAAGCUAUGACAAUGCAUUGAGCCACUUACGUCGUCUUGUGGUGGCUCUUGCCAAAGAAGAUCGGCAAAAUGUCGAAGAAACACUGCGCACCCGAAUGUUCGCUGUUCAGAACGCUACAGCCCAGUUCGAAAACAUAUGUGACCAAGAAAAGACUGCAUUGGAUCAGAAAGAGGCAUUUGUGCUCGAGAGACAUGCGUCAGUCUCGGCUGGUUUGGAAACAGUUCGUAAACAGCUCGAUAAGGCGCAAUACUACAUGCAAAACUAUGGGCCUGCGUGUGACUUGGGCUCGAUGCUGGCGCCAGAGGCUGCUGGCGUCAAGCAGCUGCGACACCUAGUGGCCCAGGAUCAUGCCGUCACGGACACUAUCAACGCCUUGGGUAGAAUGGUUAACCAAAACAUCCUGGCUCCGGAUGUAUUUUUGCGAAAAGUCCGGUCCCUGGCGCGCGACCAGUUUCUCUUACGCUUACACAUGAACAAAAUAACGACAAGAGUCUACAGUUAA